UGGAGUGUUGACGCACUGUGAAGCGUCAUGUCAGUGAACUGAGUGGUAAAACGACUCAUCUGAUAGCUAGCUACAACUUUUGUUUGCAAAAUGAAUGGGAGAAAUGCAUAUGUUGUUGUACUUGUGCCUAAUCGAAAUAUUUUAUGUAUGAACUGCUGACCGUGGCAGAUUGCUAGCUAUAUAACUAGCUAUAUACUCUAGCUAGCUACACAAGUAAAUUGGACUUUUUCAAAAUCGUUUUCAAAACUAAACGCUAGCCUGAUCAAAGAUUCAGUGAGCUUGACUCUGGUUUGAUGUUGAUUACAGUCGUCAAUCUCUACACAGUUGUGUCAGGAAUUGCAGGUGUGGGCAUAUGUGUGCGUUUCAUAUAAUGUACGCCACAGAACAUGGACAUCGGAUGGAUGUUUUUACCACGGCACUAAGACCAAGCGGAGCUCGCAUCGCCAGUCCAGCCGUGGGCCCUCAUGUGGGUCCUCCUCGCCUCCGCGCGGUGAUUGGGUGGAAGAUGGCGCUGGGCGAAUGGAAAUCCUAAUGACAGUUUCCAAAUUUGCCUCUUUUUGUACCAUGGGCGCCAAUGCCUCCGCUCUGGAGAAAGAGAUUGGCUCAGAGCAGUUCCCUGUCAACGAGCACUACUUCGGCUUGGUCAACUUUGGGAACACCUGCUACUGUAACUCGGUGCUGCAGGCUCUGUACUUCUGCCGUCCAUUCCGGGAGAAGAUCCUGGCCUACCGCAGCCAGCCCCGACGCAAGGAGAACCUGCUGACCUGCCUGGCCGACCUGUUCCACAGUAUCGCCAACCAGAAGAGGAAGGUGGGAGUCAUACCACCCAAGAAGUUCAUCACGCGCCUACGCAAGGAGAAUGAGCUGUUUGACAACUACAUGCAACAGGAUGCCCAUGAAUUCCUGAACUACCUGCUCAACACCAUUGCUGACCUGCUGCAGGAGGAAAGGAAGCAGGACAAGACCAACGGCCGUCUAGCCAAUGGCUCGCUCGACUCCCAGAACCACAACAGUAACACCCCGCCCCCCUCCACUUGGGUCCAUGAGAUCUUCCAGGGAACCCUCACCAACGAGACCCGCUGCCUCACCUGUGAAACGAUCAGCAGCAAAGACGAAGACUUCCUGGACCUGUCAGUGGACGUGGAACAGAACACCUCCAUCACACACUGUCUCAGGGGGUUUAGUAACACAGAGACUCUCUGCAGUGAGUAUAAGUACUACUGUGAAGAAUGUAGAAGUAAACAGGAGGCACACAAAAGGAUGCGUGUGAAGAAGUUGCCUAUGAUCCUGGCUCUACACCUGAAGAGGUUUAAGUACAUGGAGCAGCUGCAGCGCUACACCAAGCUGUCCUAUCGCGUCGUCUUCCCUCUGGAGCUCCGCCUCUUCAACACCUCAGGAGACGCAACCAAUCCUGAGAGACUCUACGACCUGGUCGCUGUCGUGGUGCAUUGUGGGAGUGGCCCAAACCGAGGACACUACAUCGCCAUUGUGAAGAGUCACGACUUCUGGCUGCUGUUUGAUGACGACAUUGUAGAGAAGAUAGACGCCCAGGCCAUAGAGGAGUUCUAUGGCCUCACCUCUGAGAUCUCCAAGAACUCUGAGUCAGGCUACAUCCUCUUCUACCAGUCCAGAGACUGACUGGCCCUGGAGAGGACAGCGCCUCCCACUGGAGCGGAGGAGAAAAGCCCAGUGCCUCAGCAGUGGGAAUAAUGGACCAUACAGGUGUCAUUCAAACCUGUGUAAAUGGAUCUACUGCAGCUCAGCCUCGGAGUCAGUCCCCCCCCCCCCUUGCCCUCCCACACCCUGUCACUUAGGCUGGAGAUGCAGCUACAGGGGAGAGUUUUGUCAAAGGAUCAGUGGAUGUUGUAUCAAAGUUUUGUGAGUUCGAAAGGUGUUUAAUGAGGGUUGUACAGAGGUUUUGGGAAUGAGGCGUUAGUUAUAGCAUGAGUGUUUGGGUGGGGUGGGUGAGUGGGUAUUUAAUGAUUCAUGUGUUGUAAUAUCGGCCAGGCGUCUGCACACUCCCUCAGACUGUAACACUGCUUUGUUCCCUGGCUGGGGCCCAGUCAGAGUAGACCAGUUUACUGCAUGAAGUAGGAGGGUGGAGGCGAGUGUUCCAAGUGUGGGAUGUUUGGGUCGUGUAUUUCUACCGUGUACAAAAUGUGGUAUUUGUAUAAAUAUUAUUAGAAGAAUAAGAUGAUAUUAUCAUAGGGGGGAAAAAACACAAGACCUGAGAAGAACAUGUAUUGACACUAUGGAGCACUUUUGAUACCUUUUUGUAGGUGUUGGAAAGGUUUAUGUGAGGGUUUGCUUGAGAAAUGGUCAUUGUGAAAUGUUCAUUUUCUGUUUUAAAGAAAAAAUAAAAGCUAAUAAAUUGUG